ACAGGGUUCGUGAUCUCUUUUUCCACUCUAAGCUUGAUCCGAUCAAAGCAUCUCCUUUUUCAUGGAUGCUCAAACCCUUCCAUCCUCUUCCAAACCUAGAUGGAGUUACGACGUCUUUUUGAGUUUCAGAGGUGAAGACACCCGCAAGAAAUUUACCGAUCACCUCUACACAGCCUUGAAGCAAGCCGGAGUUCACACUUUUCGAGAUGACGAAGAGCUUCCAAGGGGAGAGCUUAUCUCUACCGAACUGAACAACGCGAUUCGAGCAUCCAGAAUUGCAAUUGUGGUUUUCUCUAAAGACUAUGCUUCUUCUAGUUGGUGCCUUGACGAGCUCGUGGAGAUUCUGCACUGCAAAAAGACCGUGGGUCAGAUAUUUUUUCCGAUAUUUUAUGAUGUGAACCCUUCUGAUGUUCGAAAACAGAUCGGGACUUUUGCCGGAGCAUUCGUUAAGCAUGAAGAACGGUUUCGGGCUGAGAUGGAAAGGGUUAAAAAGUGGAGGGCAGCUCUUAUUGAAGCUGCAAGUUUUUCCGGCUGGGAUCUCCGGGACGUUGCAAAUGGGUAUGAAUCAAAGUUCGUCAAGAAAAUCCUGGAAGAAGUUUUGCGCAAAGUGAAAAAAGUUCCAUUGCAUGUUGCCGCACACCCAGUGGGAAUAGGCUCUCGUGUUGAACAAAUAAAAGAUUUAUUGAAUCUUAGAACAAAUGAUGUUCGCAUUGUGGGCAUAUUUGGUAUGGGAGGAAUAGGUAAAACAACAAUAGCAAAAGCUGUCUAUAAUGAACUAUGUCUUGAAUUUGAAGGAAGCAGUUUUCUUUUGAACAUCAAAGAAAUUUCAGAGAAACCCGAUGGCUUAGUACGUUUACAGGAACAGCUACUCUCUGAUGUAUUGAAGACGAAGAAUUUGAAGAUUUCCAAUGUUGAUGGAGGAAUAAGUUUGAUUAAGGAAAGAUUUCGCCGCAAAAGAGUUCUUAUUGUUCUUGAUGAUGUGGAUCACUUGAAGCAACUUAAUUCGUUAGCCGGAGAGAUCGAAUGGUUUGGUCCAGGAAGUAGAGUUAUUGCAACAACUAGGGAUGAACACGUGCUAACUCUACUAGGAGUAAAUGAAAGAUAUAUGGUUGAGGAAUUGAAUAACGAGGAGUCCCUUCAACUUUUUAGUUGGCAUGCAUUUAGGAUGGCUAAUCCAGCAGAAGAGUAUCUAAAGCUUUCGACUGAUGUAGUGGGUUAUGUUGGAGGACUUCCAUUAGCUCUUGAAGUUUUGGGUUCCUCUCUAUUAAAAAGAAGCAUUAUUGAAUGGAAAAGCACAUUAGAAAAAUUACAAAAAGUUCCUGACAAACAGAUUCAGGGGAAGCUUAGAAUAAGUUUUGAUUCGCUAGAUGUUAUGGAGAAAGACAUAUUCCUUGAUAUCGCAUGUUUCUUUAUUGGUACAGACAAAGAAUAUGUCAACAGAGUACUUGAUGGCUGUUGUUUCUUUCCAGAUAUUGGUAUAAGUAUUCUCAUUCAAAGAUCUCUCCUGACAGUUAAUGAAAGAAAUGAAUUGAGAAUGCACGAUCUGAUUCGUGACAUGGGAAGAGAGAUUGUUCGUGAAGAGUCGCCCAAUGAUCUAGGCGAACGUAAUAGAUUAUGGUUUCAUGAGGAUGUCUUAAAUGUGCUUCGCAAACAUACGGGAUCAAAAGCAGUGCAGGGUCUCGUCUUAAAUAUGCCAACACUAGAAGAUGUACAUUUGGAAACCGAAGCAUUUAAAGAGAUGAAGAAUUUGAGAUUACUCCAGAUCGAUGGUGUAUAUCUCAAAGGAUGUUAUGAACUUCUUCCCAAUGAGCUCAAAUGGCUUUGUUGGCAUAAGUGUCCUCUGCAGUUUUUACCACCCAAUUUCCAACUCGAGAGCCUUGCUGUCCUUGACAUGCAGCAUAGUAAUGUCAAACAAGUUUGGAGGGAGAUCAAAAUAUUCAACAAGUUGAAAGUCUUAAAUAUGAGCAAUUCCAUAUAUCUCACCAAAUCACCGAACUUCUUGCGAGUACCUCUAUUGGAGAUAAUGAUACUUGAAGGUUGUACUAGUUUGACUGAGAUUCACGAGUCUAUUGGACAUCUGAAAAGCCUUGUUUUGCUUAAUUUGAAAGGAUGCAAGAAUCUGAGGAAUCUUCCCAGAAGCAUUUCUAACUCAAAAUCUCUUGAAACUCUCAACUUGUCUGGCUGUUCAAAACUUACGAUGCUACCAGAGGAUUUCGGGUAUAUGAUGGCUCUGAGGGAGUUGCGUGCAGAUAAAACUGCAAUUAAGCGACUCCCAUCCUCCUUUGGGCGUUUGACAAAUCUCCAAACUCUAACAUUAUCUGGAUCCAAAGGACAUGCCUCGGAAUCUUGGAUCUCACGAAUAUUAUCUGGGAUAUUACCAAGUUCGAACCCCACGAACUUGCUACCAGCUUCAAUUUCUGGAUUAUGUUCAUUGAGAGAAUUGGAUCUCAGUGACUGCAGUUUACGUGAAGACGGGAUUCCCAUUGAUUUUGGGAGUUUAUCUUCACUUGAAGAGUUGGAUUUAUCAGGAAACAGUUUUUUAAAGCUACCUCCCUGCAUGAGUCGCCUUCCUAAGUUAGCUAAACUUCGUUUGAAUGACUGUACAACUCUUCAAUCGAUUUCAGAACUUCCCACAAGUGUAACCGAGUUGAAAGCAGCUCGCUGCACAUCAUUGGAAAGAGUCUCAAAUCUGUACAACCUGAAACGGUGGUCGUCGAUUAGCCUAUCUGAGUGCAACAAACUGGUUGAGAUUCAAGGUUUGGAGAAGCUACAAUUUGCAAUCACUCACACGGACGAGGGCUACAAUGUGUCAUAUUUUUUCUCUAAAAAUAUUUUCCAGUCCUCAAACUUGCAGAGCCAGUGCGGUUAUCCAUUUCACCCUGGUCGCGAGGUUCCAGAUCGGUUCAGCCAUAAGAGAGUUGGGUCUUCGAUAUCUUGUCAUGCACCUCCACUUUCAGAGGGUAAAGUCGUGGGGGUGGAUGUUUGCGCUGUUUUUGCACCCAAGAAAGAAACCACGGCUGAGCCCGUGGUACGCUCUAUUGAAAUUAAGAGCCGCUUUUUUACCAACCAAUCACAUUGGUUUGAUGAAUUCCGGGAGGGAACAACCUUUCUGACCUCCAUACCCAUGUCAAAUUUCAAAGCUGGGAUAGCAAGUGGAAAGGAAAUAAAUGUGUCCUUCGACUUUGGAGAAGCCUUUGAAGUGAAGACGUGUGGAAUAUAUUUAAGAUUAAUUGAGGAGGCAGAGCCAGAUGUUAUAGAUGAAGAUGAACAGGGAAGUUUGGUCGAAGACGUCGAUUUUGUUACUUGUGCCGAUACUGCAAUGGAUAUGGUGUAUAUGAAGAGGGGUCGUGAUGAGCAUGAGGCAGGAUCAAGCAAUGACUGGUCUAUUCAAGAAAGUUGCCCUAAAAGGUCGAGGAUGGAUGCCGAAGCAUAGGAAUGAAAGUCCUUUAUGAUGAAGAUGAUGAUAUAUACAUAAAUAUUUAUGUAUGUAUCAUCUGGCCCAGAAGGUCUGCAACUAAGUUCAGGCCCUUCAGCUUUUGAAAUUUGAUUCUUUUCCCAUUGUCUUUUAACUGUGAUUUUUCCAAUAAUGGUUGUACAAGUAGUGUUGGUUUUAUUUAAUUCCGACUCUUCGAGUGAGGAGAUGAGACGAUAAUGCGAUGAGUAAUAUCCACUUUAUUCA